UGUUUGCAAUCUUAUAACCUAUUUCUGAUUUGGCUAGCAUUCUGUGUACACUCUUAUAAAGAAACUUUCACUAUAUUACAUUACUUCUUCACUAACUUUUCUCAUUCUUCAAUCAUCUUCUUCAUCAUUGUCAUUAUUGAAUAUUACUAUCUCAUUCAAGAUUUCUAUUUCUUCUUCUAUUUAACUCUUUUCAUCUGUUCAUCUAUCAUAUUGUACAUGUUUCUGAUAAUGACUCUUCAUUCUCAUAACAAGUGUUCUUGUAGUGCUCAUACUGAGCAGUUCAUUAGUAAAUCUUCAUACAUUGAUAGAUUCAUAUCUGUUAAUGAUUGUGAUUUCAAUGUUGAAUCAUUGAUUGAGAACUUGAAGAAUGUGAUAAUGAAGAAAUUGUCUAUAUUAUGUGUGACUGAGUCUUCUGUGUUCUUUUCUGCCUUCUCUGUUUCUUUCUCUGCUGCUCUUUCUCAAUCUUCUAUAUCUGCUUCUGUGUCUGAUUCUCCUGCUUCUGCUACCUCUAUUUCUGUGACCUCUACUCCCGCUACUUCUGCUCUUACUACUGCCUUUGUUACUAGCUCUCUCUGUUUCAAGAAGAUGUUAUGUAGACUCAGUGAAUUACAUUUCUCAAGAAUCACUUCCUCUCUUAACAGUGUUAAGAUU